GCGGCUGGCGCCAUGGCCAGGGUGGUCAGCGCGCUCAAGACCCUGCGGAACCACUGGAAGAAAACGGCGGUGGGAGCGUGCCUGCUGUCCUGGGGCGGCACGUGGCUCUAUGGCCAGCACCGUGAUAACCUGCUACGAAGAGCUGCGUGCGAAGAAGCCCAGGUUUAUGGCGACCAGCCGCUUCCGUCCCAUAUGCCUCUGAAGAGAGCAACGGUGUUUCUGAAYCCAGCAGCUUGCAAAGGCCACCAGACUGAUCAAAUAGUUUUUCCCUCUAUUUCUUCUAGCAAAGCCAGGACCCUUUUUGAAAAGAAUGCUGCUCCAAUUUUGCACUUAUCUGGCUUGGAUGUAACUGUGGUUAAGACUGAUUAUGAAGGACAAGCCAAAAAGCUGCUGGAACUGAUGGAAAGUACAGAUCUGAUCAUUAUUGCAGGAGGGGAUGGCACGGUACAAGAGGUCAUAACUGGACUUCUUCGCAGAGCAGACGAGGCUACUUUCAGUAAGAUUCCUAUUGGAUUCAUACCUCUUGGAAAGACCAGCACUCUGAGCCACACACUCUACCCUGAGAGCGUGAACCAAGUUCAACAUAUUAUUAAUGCUACAUUGGCCAUUUUGAGGGGAGAGACGGUUCCACUUGAUGUCUUGCAAAUCAAGGGAGAAAAGGAACAGCCUGUGUUUGCAAUGACUGGAUUAAGAUGGGGAUCUUACAGAGAUGCAGCAGUUAAAGUUAGCAAGUAUUGGUACCUUGGGCCUCUGAAAACCAAAGCAGCUCACCUUUUCAGUACAUUUAAGGAAUGGCCUCAGAAACAUCAAGCUGCUCUCAUGUAUCUGGGUCCAACUGAGAGACCUSCAGAGGAGCCGGAGGAAAAGCGAUCCAGACCACCUUUUCAUGUGAGGCUUUACAGAAGACUUGCAUUGUACUGGUCAUCUCCCCCAAAAGAAAUCCCCCAAGAGGAAACCCAAGACAACUGGGAAGAAUUGAAGAUAUCCACCAUUGAACUUUCCAUUGCAACUCAGAACAGACAGCUUGAUUUGACACGUACUGAAGACUUCAUGAAUAUUUGCAUUGAAGCAGAUACUGUUGGUAAAGGACAGUUUGUAAGCAGAGGAAGUCAAAAGAUGAGUGAUCCACAGCUGUGCCCUGAAGGGAGUCAGUGCAUCCAAGCCAGCAAGUGYAUCUUGCAGCUUCCAGAGGGCACUGGAGGAUCCUUUGGCAUUGACAAUGAGGAGUAUGAAGCUAUGCCUGUAGAGGUGAAGCUAUUACCCCGGAAACUCCAUUUCUUCUGCGAUCCCAGAAGGAGAGAACAGAUGCUCCAUGUGGCAGCUCAAUGAGAAUGCAAGUCGAACUGGCCCACUGCUCACCAGCCUUAUCAGGUUCUCUUCAGGGCACGUGAAACCUCACUGGUUUGAUUAACCCCAUCAGAUUAGUGAAUCAUUUGGCCAUUUUAUGCACAGAGUACUUCUCUUGGAAAUGGCUGGUUUGGCAAGUUUCAAAGGGGCUAAAAGUGCAAAUCAGACUCUUAAGAGGUGAAUGUUAACUCAGUGGCGUCUUUUCCUUCCUCCUAAAGUCUGUGUUCCAUUUACAGCGCUGCAGGCUGAGUGCUGUGUGCCAGAUGCUACUACUUUAUUACAAUUGUAUAUUAAAGUAAAAUGUAAGCACACUUGUGUCCUUGUGGURGGGGAGUUAGAGUCUACCUUGCCUGUGUAUAAAUCACAGGAAAUCUGGGAUCAUAAAAAAAAGUGCUUCGGGAGAAUCAUGCCAAGGAAAUUAUAAAAUGCUGGAAUUGCCACAUUAAAACAGGUGAUUGGUUAUCUUGGUUAUAUUGGUUAUCACGGAACAAGUUGGAGAUGGGUGAUAUAAAGCUUCAGAGGAUAUUUAAAAAUUUCCAGUAUCUAUCUGCUUCCUCUGGUAUCCUGGACUACAAUUUGCAUAUUUCCAUGCCUGAAAAUGGAAUUCUGCUGUAUUUUUUUUUCUAAUGCAUGUAGUUGGAGCUCAUAAUUGUCCUCACACAGCGAAAUCUGCACAAGAAACCUUCUAUAGCAGAUGAAAUUUUCAAACUUCUGUAAGUUUCUGCUCUUCUGAAAACACUUCCUUGAGUGGCUCAUUUAGAUUUGUUACAGAUAACAUUAUUUUUUUCAUCUUGUCAGAUUCAACAGCGCUGUUCCAGUUAACAAUACUGUAGAAAUAUAAUCCUUUGAUCAAGUUUAGGUAUGUUACAUUGAAGCAAAUUGGAAAAUGUCAUCUCUGAUUUGAAGCUAUGUGAAGUAGCAUGUGGAAACAUUCUUUAACAAGCCAAAAGAACCUUUUUUUGUAAGUAUUUCUUUUAUACCUGUAGUAAUCCAGCAAAGGGCAUCCAAAUGACUUAUUUGUAUUUGUGAUUGCUCUUCUCCUUUGC